AUGGCUUCUUCGUCUCGAUCCUCCAACUCAUGCUCAAAGUCAAAAAUUUCCAAGUCAAAGAGCACAAUUGAUAAGGCAAAUCCUUGUGAUUGUGGGUUUCCUUCUCGUAUCUGGAUAUCAACAACAGAGGCAAAUCCUGGUAAAAAAUUUAGGGUUUGUCCUAACUCUUUGAUGAAGGAUCCAAAGGAUAAAUGUGAUUUCUGGGAAUGGGUUGAUGAAGAUGAAGAUUAUAACCAAGAACAAGAAUAA